AUGGCAAAGGCCCUUCCCUGCCCGCGCUUCUCGAAAAAUCAACAGAAUACACAAGCAAGUUACGAGUUCCCCCAGCGCAUUCACACUGCCAAAGCAUAUCCGAUACAGUCCCCAAAUGGCUCGUCGAUUAUCAUCUACGGGCAUGAGAAUGGCGUGAAGAUUGUUUGGAGAGGCGGCAGGCCAUUCAAGACCCCCACUGAAUCUUCCACAACCAACAAUAAGCCAAACGGCGCCGAUCAUGCUGUCAUACUACUAGACUCGGAUGAUGAAGGACCAGCUGCUCAAGCUUUUGAGGAUAAGCCGGAGUUUGAAGAUGAGGAGGAAGAGCUCGACCCAUCAAGACCAUGCCCCGGAAUAUUACAAGUUCUGGACCUAUACUUUGGAACCGAUGUUCUUCAUCUCGGCCUGCUACCUACUGCGGUGUUGAGGGCUGACGGUGCGAAAUGGCGUGGUCUGGAGGUCUUGAAACAGAAGAUUGUGUUUACAGCAGCAUGUGCGGACAAUUUAGUCCGACUUGUUACCCUACCCCUUACGCCACCAUCACCAGCGAGUAAGGCCCGCUCAGACUUUCAGUACCACUUCACACAAGCCCAUGCAGGGAAUGGGAGCUGGGGAGAGACAGUUAGACUACUGGGCGGACACCAGAAGCCAUCGGAUGGAGUUUCGAUGACAUUAGAUUUUGCUGGGGCCGCUAGGCAAGACCAAGGAAAGCCGGAUUCGAAGUCAUCUACGCCAUCAGGGGUGCACAUAAUAAUCGCCUCACAUUCACGCGAAAUAACGGGCUUGUUGCUCCUAUAUCGGGUACCCAUAUCUUCGGCGAGCCCUCACUUUGAGCCAUUCCAGACCGCAUACCUUCCUUCUCCAGCAAAGUCCAUCACGUUCAGUCCGUCGCUCUCAGAACAGCGUUCGAGUCAGCUUCUUGUGGCAGAGUCUACCGGAGUAUGCCGAAUCUAUGAUUUUAAAUUGUUAGUUAAAAGUUCGGCACUUGAAGAGAAUAAUGCCACCGAACAAGGGACGUGGCUAUAUUCUCUCUAUCCCGGAUUUCAAAGCAACAAAAACGAUGCAUCAAGCUCUCAACGUCUAGGGGCGCAUGCGGGCUUCGGUAGAAAGACUAUUGUUGACGCAAAAUGGGUAUCAGGAGGAAAAGCUAUCGUUGUACUGCUCAACGACGGAGAAUGGGCGAUCUGGGAUAUUGAGGGGGUUGGACCAGGCACACCACAAGGCUUGCUAGGCCGUCAGGGUAUCAAAGGGGGAUCGUUAUCAGAAUUCAGUCUGACAGGCUUUAUCGAGGGCGCCGCUAAAACGCGAGGUUCAGGACCACCUCAAAUGACAGGGUCGAGAUUUGUGCCCAUGACACCAGGAACACGCAAGUCCAUCGAGCCAUUUGGCGGAAAGGUACCAAGUGGACCGGUCCGCGGCCAGAUUUCCGUUCUGGAGGUCCCUCCGAGCUCGCCCACCAACCCCUCUGAUGACUCCAUCGUUUUCUGGCUCGGGGAAUCCUUUACCGUCAUCCCCAGCCUCGCCAAAUACUGGGCAGCCAACGCUCGGAAAGGUGCUAGUGGAGGAAACCUGUUCAACGGCGCACCAGGAGGUCGCGCCAUCAAGCUCGAGAGCAUCGACCUCCAAGGCGAGCGCUGCACGGGCAUCGACCAGAUCGUGAAGGGCAAUCCAUCGACCGGCCUCCCUUCAGAUAUUUUGAUACUGGGCGAACACCGCUUCACGGUCUUGACCGCUGGGCAAGCGCAAGCGCGAGCUCCAUUCCAACCCACGGCACGGACAGCGCUAGUAGAGAAGAGCACCAAUGCCGGAGACUUGGAUGUCGUAGGAAUCGACCAGGCAUUGGCGCGAAUGGAAAACGGGAGCGUGAACGGCUUCGCGAUGAAGAGGAAAGAUAUCCCGCGGUGA